AUGAAAAAUGAAUUAAGAAUUUUAUUUAAACAAAUAAGAAAAGAUAUAAAAAUAUAACCUGAAUUAUAUGCUCAGUAAUUGAAACAGAUUAUUUAACCAGAAUCAUCUAUUUCAAUUUAUUACCCUUUAGUCAAUGAAUUAAAUAUUUUAAGUAUUUUGCCUUAUUUGAGUAAAAAUAAAAUUUUAUUGCCAAUAAUGUAAAAAUAAACAGAACCCUUAUUAUUUUCAGUUUACAUAUAGAAUAAAACUGAAUUAUAGUUGAAUAAAUUUAAAAUAUUAGAGCCUGUUGAUAAAAACUAUGAAAUCCCGCAAUUUUGCAUUGUAAAAUAAUUAAUUAAUUAAGGUACCUUUAUUGUGCUUUGAUCCUUAAAAUAAGCAUAGGAUUGGCUAUGGUGGAGGUUAUUACGAUAGAACCAUAGAAGAUUAUAGAUCUAAAAACUAUAACACUAAGUUUAUAGGAUUUGGCCAUGAAUUGCUAAAGGUUAAUAAUAUUCCUUACACAGAUAAUGAUUAAUAAUUAGAUUUCAUUAUAACGGAUCAAUAAAUCUAUUGUUGA